AUGGAAAGCUUUAGAAAAGCCUAUGGGGCGCUUAAGGAUUCCACAAAAGUUGGCCUAGCUAAGGUCAAUAGCGAUUUCAAGGAUUUGGAUAUUGCGAUUGUCAAGGCUACAAACCAUGUUGAAUAUCCACCAAAGGAACGUCAUGUUAGAAAAAUAUUUUUUGCAACAUCCGUGGCACGCCCAAGAGCAGAUGUUGCCUACUGCAUUCAUGCUCUUUCUAGGAGAUUGGCGAAGACUAAGAACUGGAUUGUUGCUAUAAAGACACUGAUAGUUAUUCACAGGACAUUGAGAGAGGGUGAUCCCACAUUUAGAGAGGAAUUACUGAACUACUCACAUAGAGGACAUAUUUUUCAGUUAUCAAACUUCAAGGAUGAUUCUAGCCCUCUCGCUUGGGAUUGCUCUGCGUGGGUGAGGACAUAUGCUCUCUUUCUGGAGGAAAGACUUGAGUGCUUUAGAGCCUUAAAAUAUGAUAUCGAGGCAGAGCGUUUGACAAAAACAUCUGCAGGAACAUCCAAGGUGCACAGUAGAACACGGCUUUUGAGUGGUGAAGAGCUGUUGGAGCAGCUCCCUGCACUACAGCAGCUUCUCUUCCGCCUAGUCUGCUGCCAGCCUGAAGGAGCGGCUUGCUUCAACUAUCUAGUUCAGUAUGCAUUGGCUCUGGUACUAAAGGAGAGCUUCAAAAUUUACUGUGCUGUUAAUGAUGGAAUCAUUAAUCUUGUCGACCUGUUCUUUGAUAUGCCUAAAUAUGAUGCAGUUAAAGCUCUUAAUAUAUAUAAAAAGGCUGGGCAACAGGCUGAAAAUCUAGCUGAGUUUUAUGACUUCUGCAGAAGCUUGGAUCUUGCUCGAACUUUCCAAUUUCCAAUACUAAGACAGCCUCCUCCUUCAUUCCUUGCAACCAUGGAGGAAUAUAUAAGGGAAGCACCACAGAUUGGUUCUUUAUCAAACAGGAGGCUGGAGUAUCAGGAGACAAAUGAAGAACCAGAAAAACCUGCAGAGCCUAUACCUGAAGAACCUGAAGAAAAGGUUGAAGAUGAAAAGGAACAGAUUGAUGAAGGACCUCAGUUGAAAAAAGAAGAGGAAGACCCACCAUUGAUAUCAGCCGAAGAACCUGCAGAUCUGCUUGGUCUGAAUGAUGAAGUAAAUCCAAAGGCAGCAGAAUUAGAGGAAAGUAAUGCACUAGCUCUUGCCAUUAUUCAACCUGGUAAUGAUCCUUCAUCAAGUAAUUAUGCCCUGACUGAAAUAGGCCAAACUUCAGGCUGGGAACUGGCACUGGUUACUGCUCCAAGCAACCAUACUAGCAAACCACCUGAAAGGAAAAUGGCAGGGGGAUUUGACAGUCUACUACUUGAUAGCUUGUAUGAAGAUGAAGCUGCCAGGAGACAACUACAGCUGCAGAAUGCCGGUUACAAUGCAGGCUAUGGAUAUCAAAUGACAGCACAAAGUCCACUUGAUCAGCAUGACCCCUUUGCAAUGUCAAAUGCCAUAGCACCUCCAACCAACGUGCAGAUGGCGCUGAUGUCCCAACAAGAGCAAAUGAUGAUGCAGCAGCAGCAGAUGCAACAACAAAACAUGAUGAUGGUUCCUCACCAAUAUCCAACUCAAUAUUCACAACAACAGCAAGUGCCAUAUAUGGCGUCUGCUAAUCCUUUCGGAGAUCCCUUCGGCUAUCCACAGAAUGCAACACCACAACAGGGAAACCAUACAUUAAUCUAA